GGCUCCUGGUCGGCAACCGACGCAGUCGUGCGUUGUCCUUUGGUGUUGUCGGUUGUGUUCGCGCUCUGGACUGAACCAAGGGCCUCGAUAUCCUCGACAUCCUCGGAGCCAUUGCCUCGUGCACACACCUGUGCGCUAUCUUCCUUGACUGGCGAGUAACGUCCUGGCAAACGAUUGGCCAUAAUAUCGCUCAUCAAAACGGCUUGGGCAGAAUGUCCUUUCCACUGAGUGUCCUUUCCGGUGGCAUUAGUUUUAUAUUUGCUCUGACUACCAGCUGCAACUAAGUUGGCACAGCACAGCCAUGACACUGCUACAGAGACUCCAGGCCCUGACGGCCACCACGGCCAGGACGCUGUUGGAAGGACAGGGGACACGGGAGCCCCGUUUGCAUCUACAACCCCUGGGAAGGCAACUGCCUGUCCUGGAGGCAUCUGCAUCCCAUGCCCGAUAUCUGAAGCUCAUUGCCGACGGACUCAUCGACGAAGGCGGACUGGUGGGCAGUGGAACGGGCAUCGGCACCAGCACAGUGUCCAUCGAAGAUGUUGUAUCCGGAACAGCGCAGGAUGCAGGAUUCGAGGAGAGCGCAGCCGCCGCCUCCGUCGACGGCGAGGAUGCCGAGGGUAGCACACAUCUAGCAUUAGUCUUCGUCAAGUGUUUCGUUAUUGGUUUCAUCAUACUGGCCGCCAUCCUGGGCAACAUGCUGGUGAUUGUGUCCGUUAUGCGCCACCGGAAAUUGCGCAUCAUUACCAACUACUUUGUGGUCUCACUGGCCGUGGCCGACAUGCUGGUGGCCCUCUGUGCGAUGACAUUUAAUGCUUCCGUCAUGAUCUCCGGAAAGUGGAUGUUCGGCUCGGUAAUGUGCGACAUGUGGAACAGCUUCGAUGUGUACUUCUCCACCGCCAGCAUCAUGCACCUGUGUUGCAUAUCCGUCGACAGAUACUACGCCAUUGUCCAGCCGCUAGACUAUCCCCUGAUCAUGACCCAGAGGCGAGUGUUCAUUAUGCUCCUAAUGGUCUGGCUUUCGCCGGCCCUGCUCUCCUUCCUGCCCAUCUGCACGGGCUGGUACACAACUGCCGAGAACUACAAGUAUCUCAAAUCGAAUCCGCACAUAUGCGAGUUCAAAGUGAACAAGGCCUACGCCAUAGUCAGUUCGUCAAUGAGUUUCUGGAUACCCGGCAUCGUUAUGCUUUCAAUGUACUAUCGCAUUUACCAGGAGGCCGACCGUCAGGAGCGCCUCGUCUACAGAUCCAAGGUAGCCGCUCUGCUGUUGGAGAAGCAUCUGCAGAUUAGCCAAAUUCCCAAGCCGCGCCCAAGCAUCCAGGUGGAACAGUCGACCAUUACGACGAUGAGGCGGGAGAGGAAGGCCGCCCGCACCCUGGGCAUCAUAAUGAGCGCCUUCCUCAUCUGCUGGCUGCCGUUCUUCCUAUGGUACAUUGUUUCCUCCUUGUGCGAUAGUUGCAUCACUCCUCGUCUCCUGGUCGGCAUAUUGUUUUGGAUUGGUUACUUCAACUCGGCCCUCAACCCCAUUAUUUAUGCAUACUUCAAUCGCGAUUUCAGGGCGGCCUUCAAGAAGACAAUCAAGAGCUUGUGUCCCUUCCUCUUUCGAUACUGCCGCCGCGGAGGGGGACGGGACGACCUAGACCGCGACCUGGAGUUCGGCGGUCCCAGCCGUCGGGGCACCAACGGCGCCAGGGCCGGAUCCGGCUCCGCUGAGAUGGCCAACUAUGUCAACUCCACUGCCUCCUCGGAGAUUCAUAUGAGCGUGAUGCGAGCCCGCCAGUACGCCGUCAACGUCACGCCCGCUACCACCGACGCCCACAUGCAGCAAUUACAUCCGCUCUACACCAAUUAAUUGCACACCACGGCGGAUACUUGAUUUCAGAAUGCCACCCUGCUCGUACAGCGAUUGGGGGCUGAGUUAAAAAUUAAAUUCCUUGAAUAAAAUGCCAGCUUAAAAUGAAA